AUGAGGCUUGGUCAUUAUUGGUUUAUUGUUUGCCUAAUUAUCGCCUGGAUCGUCUCCGAGGGCAAUUCAAAAAAGAGCGAAGAAGACCUCGAACUCACCAAAGAAGCUUGCGAAGAAGGUAGCUUCGUGCUCAACUCGUGUGAAGAGCAAUGUGAAUGUAAGAACGGGGAACUGGCCACCUGUUAUCGUGUGAGAAAGAAUUUUACCAAAAUGACCAUUGAGGACAGAAAACGUUAUAUCAACACUUAUAAGCAGGCAUCGGUCGAUCCUCUGUUCAAGAAGGAUUACGAAAAAAUGGUCGCUCUCCACCUUAACGCUCCAAACAAACUUCUUCAUCACACCCCUACGAUCUUUUUCCCCUGGCAUCGGUGGUUUUUGGUUGAGUUUGAAAACCUACUGCGCAAAAUCGACUGUCGUGUGACAAUACCCUACUGGGACUGGAGUCAAGUGGCUCAUCAUUGGUGGGAGGAGUCUAGUGACGAAGUCGUUUGGGCCUCCGGAGAUCAUGGUUUGGGAGGGAAUGGCAACAAGGAUAAUGACUUCUGCGUGGAGACAGGACCUUUCAGAAAGGAUCAAUGGAGUGUCCUGGACAUAUCCGGAGGAGGGUGUUUAAAAAGGAACUUCACGAGACGCAGUUUCACUGGCGAUAGUGAACACGUUAAAAAAACUUUAUCUCUACCGCUGAAAGAUUUUUUCCGAUUUGAAAAAAUUGUUCGUGACUACUAUCACGCUCAACCCCACGACUGGAUCGGUGCUACAAUGAGAAGCCCGCGCUCAGCUGGAAAUUCCCCAGAAAUGCCUCUUCACCAUUCAUUCUUGGACAAACUUUGGUAUCAAUGGCAGAAGAAAGGAGAUGAAUACAUAAAUGUCUACUAUCGAAGCGUUCCCUUCAAACUUCCUGGCUCAAAGUAUUACGGCUGGGAAUGGAUGGAUUAUAGAAACCUCCCUGGCCANGCCCGCGCUCAGCUGGAA